UGUGUCCUCACUGGGACCCAUAACUCUGUUGGAGGUUUUGGAUUCUUUUAAAAGACCGGUGAAAGACUCACUUUUUUCUGAUAAAUAAGAAGUAGUACGGUGUAAAACUCCAGGUGUUUGUUUUCUGGACUCAUCACAAUGCAACAUUUAGUACUAAGGGUCCUUUUCUCAUCUGUGCUGCUUCUGGCAGCGGUUCCAUUUGUGCACCUACAAGCAGAUUGUUCACAGGCUGAGUCAUGCGAUCUGUGUGUCGGAGACUCCCUGCUAAACCUGACAGGUUGUGUCUGGAGGCUUUGCCCAUCUGGUAACGAUACAGGCAUGUGUGUGACUGAUGAGGGGGAUUCAGCAGACAGUGGUAUGAACUGCAGCUGGACCAGAGUGUCUGAACUGUGCACAGUUGUGGAGCGUGCUGCCGCUGGUGGAGGUGACUCAGGGGAUGACAGCAGCUCUAACUCAUCCAGUGAGUUUUCCCAGGCCAAGUUUGACAUGUCCAGCUUCAUAGGUGGGAUAAUACUGGUGCUGUGCCUGCAGGCCGGCGGCUUCCUCGCCAUGCGCUUCCUGAAAUCCAAAGAGCAGAGCAACUAUGACCCCAUUGAGCAGACACAGUGAGGACAAGAUGUUUGAAGGGCGAUCAGACAGGAUGGAGGACAGCAGCAGCAGCAGAGUGGUGACUCAUCCAGCAAUGACGACAAGAAGUUUUUUGUUUUUUUUUUCUGAGCUCCUGUCAUUUUUGGUUGGGUGCUCUACAUAAACCCUUAUGGGAUGCUUGUUUUUAAUUCAUCGAUUUUGACCAUAUAUAUUUACUAGUAAUUACCAUCAACCAUUGAGUUCAAAUGUGUGGUGAAUAUUGCAGCACAGCUAUAGAGAAGGACAACAUAAUUUGCGCAGACAGUAGGUCAGAAAAAAGCUUGACUGUCAAUUUAAAACCUAUCUGUUAGAAAAGAUGUUUAUUCACUAAUUUCUAAUCUUGGCAAUCCUAUUCUCCACUUUAGCACAGCCGUUUAGCGAUCAAAGUAAUAGAAGUUAUUCACUUUUUAAAUUCAGUUUCUUGCAGCAGAAAAAAAGUUCAUAAUAUUCUGAAAAAGUGUCCUAAAGAUCCUGGUUGAGAGAAAACUAUGCUUGUGCUUCUAGAACGUAUCUCGUCUGUGUGCAGCUUCAACAAUCAGUUAACAAGCUGAUCAGGUUUUUUUCAUUUUACUGUUCAUUUUUCUUAGUGAUUAAAAACACAUUCCCAGGCUGCAAUGCACCAGACUGAAAUACCUAACUGUGAUGUUACCACUGCCAUGCUGAAAGUCCAUUUUGUUUUCAUCAAACAUAACUUCUAGCUCCUGCUCACUUCCCCUCUCUAUCAUUUUAAAUAAGUGUCCCUUUAUUCUUAUUUUAUUUUUCAAGAAGUGUUGGAAAAAAGUAAAACUUAUAGCCAGUGAUUUGGGUUUUCUAACUUUUUGGCUCUUUGACUCCCAGGUGUUUUUAUCUGUAUUCAUAUUUAUGCUGGGUAUGGAAAUAAGUGGCUCAUUUUACUGUUUUGUCAUGUUCUUGCUUGAAUAAACU